AGAUGUGUUUGAGGGACUAGGCAUGCUAACAGAGAUCCACUGCAGUCGAUCCACAAGGAGCUUCUAAGAUACUUGCAGACUCACCAGAGCUGUAUCGUAUUCUCAUAUAUUACUACCAAGAAGUUACUUUGAUUCAAACUCGUACACUAAUUGAUCCCUUGGGAAAAUGCAGAGAAAAGCUUUGAUUCUGCUGAUAUUUUCCACCAAUGUUUGUGCAAGUGCACUUCCCAAGAAGAAUAAAGUUCUCUUCCCAUCUGCACAGAGAUUGAAGAGAAACCUAGAUUUCGACAUUCCUAUUAACCCUGUGUUCCAGAAGUCGCAAAAGGAUGUGGAGCUGCUGUAUGAGUUUCUUCUGGGUGGGUUGAACAUGGAUGCCAACUUUAAAUGCACCCUGAAGGAUGAAGAGCUUGCAUCAUUGAGAGCAGCAAAGAAGUUUAACGUUAUUGUCAAUUACAUCAUCCCCAAGAGUAUCGGUGAUAUCCAAAGGCUUACUUACAGACUAUCCAAAUACACUGGGCAGCUCAGGUCUGAGGACUUUGAAAGGACACUGUUGACCCUUGUGUUCCUAGCAUAUCAGGCAACACAAUCUCAGGGACAUCAACAGGACACCUGGGCAGAGUCGCUUGUGAACAUCUUUCAGGCUUUAAUACGUGAUUUAAGAUCUUAAUAAUUCUGAUUUUGAGGGUACUGGAGGAAAGUAAGCUUAUAAGAAUUUAACUCUUGAGUAUUUAACUCUCCUACUUCUAAUGAUUUUUUGAUGGUUCCUGAACAUACAGCAAGCUUUCCAAAGUAAUGUUUUGCAAAAGCUGCACUGAAAUGCAAUCAUUUUCUACCCUUUUCACAAAAAAAUGGCACAGACUAUGUGUAACAUAAACCUCCCUCUCCAACCCAAAAAUAAAAGUGAUGAUGAAAUGCUAAUAUCUUGAAUAUUGGGCCCUUAUAGUAUAACAAAUAUCAGGAGAUUCAACAACAAAUGCUUCUUAUUCAAAUAAAAUUGGUCCAAAAUUAUUCAUGGACAUGACACCCUGAGAGGGCAUAGCACUUUUCAAGCAUUUAUCUUGAGCCCUUUCCUCCCUACUAAAUUGGCACAUCAAAGCUUGAAAUAGGUCCAUUGAAAUUAUAGCAAUAAAUUAAAGGGUUCAUUUCGAAUGAAUUGUUGACUCUUUAGUUUAGUUUGGGGGUUGAAGUAUGUCAAUUAAAUACAUUGCUCACUGCACCACAACAAGCCUCAAAACCAACACAUGGGAAACUAAGUGUAUUUCAGCACUUUUUUUUCCCCUCACUGGCUCCUUUGUUCAGGUAUAAGUCUGAUUAAUGGAGUCCUUUUUAUGCUGGCUGCUAGAAUCCCAGGUGUGGGUCUCUGUCAUAAAAAUUUCAAUAAUCUGGCACUAAAUUCUCACUGAUAGUGGUUGUGGAAAGUGAAAGUGUUACAUUGGUACAAUGGGUGAGUGUUCUUCUGAGAGUUGCAUGAAGAGGUGGGAACUUUAUUCUAAAACUGGCUGUGCUGUACCUGAACUGGGAUGCUUACCAGUGAUACAGAAUGCCUUAAGGGAUUUCAACUUCUUAGUGCUGCCACCUCUCAUCUUAAUGGGCACACAAAUAAAAAUGAACUUGUAAUACAAGCUGAUGACCAAAUAAGAUUAGUCAGCUACUACUGAGAUGGUAGCAGGCAUUCUGUUAACCAAUGGAUCCCAUUGCAAUUCCUGCAUAUGCUAUUAAGUGCGCAUAAUCAACCAGAAUGGCAUUCUUUUGUUGCAGAUUUAGAAUUAUAAACAGCUGUUUUAUUUAAAAUACAACAUAAAAAUAUGAUGGAAUUGGAUGCUUUUUGAUAACUAAGCUGAAUUCUUUGUUUCAAUGAUGCCAGGUAGAGGGUCAAUUUUUUGGGCUUGAGAAAUGCUGAUGUGCAGAAAAUGUAGCCUUACCUCCAGCAUCUCAGGCAAGCAUAUUGGGUGCUCGUUUCCAUCUGCUGGUGUGGAUUUGAAACGGUGGAAACAGUUUUUUGCUACUAGCACAAAAAUAGCAAUUAAGAACAUUAUUGGGUGGGGGAAUUAAAUUAUAUAUCUUGUACAUUUUGAGAUCUAGGUCACAUUCUUAUAAGAACUGAAGAGGCCAUAUAUUAUGGCAAACCCAGAAAAGGAUAGUAACAUGAAAUUUGCUUCCAUUACGAUGACUCUAACCUUUGGGAGGAGGACCAAGAAGAACAGGAGGUUAUGGAAAAUCUGACUGUUUGCAUUUCAGCUAAUAGGAAUCUUCUGUUCCAAUCUGAGAAAUAUCAUUACCCGAGCCUCGCUGAUACCUGAGUCACACUUACGGACCCAUCAUAUACCCACUGGAUACAUUAAACAUACCUGAUUGUAAUUGCAGGAUCAAAUAAAUCAGCUGCCACAGGACAGGUUGUCUGGAUUCUCUUGUUACAUCAACAUCUAUUAUCAUUAUCUGAAAAUGUUCUUUCUGUGCCUCUGGUCAAAAAUAUGUACCAUACAGGGGAAAAAGGUAAAACUGCUAAUUUAAAAAUUACAUCUAUGUCUUCAUUAGAAGAGUACUAAAUGUAUCUAGUAUGUAAUCUUCAUUCAUGAAACCCAAGUAUUGCUUCUCACUCUGUGCCUGUUUGCCUUUUGAGGUCCCCUCCAUUCUCCAUUCUCAUUGCGAUUUCACUGGAGGAAAGGGGAGGGCUUGUCCAAUUGAGAACUCUGAAUUUUUCAUGGAGAAGAGCGGUGGAAUCUGUGGCGCUCUUUGAUAGUAAAAUAUUAUUGUUACGUACGCCUUAAAUAGUUGAAAUGCAGAGCUUACCAUGUAAGAGUGAAGCAUCCAAAGAUAUUUGGCUAA